AUGACCCGCCGGCUCGACGGUACCAUGCCUUUCCCGCCCACGCCGCCGCGGGCGGCCGCCCGGAGCCCAGGGGUCCCCGCCGCGCGAGCCCCGCCCCGGAGGUCCGGCGCCCCCCGGAGGGCCGCGGCGCCCACCUGCGCCCCGCCUGCGCCCUCACCGCCCGCCGCCGCCGCGGAGAAGAGGAGGCCCUCAGAGCGGCCCGAGGGGCUGCUGUCCGGCUCCUGGCCCUCGACCACCCUGAAGAGGCCGCCGGCCCGGCGCGCCCCCGGCCCAGCCCCUCCGCGCGCCCCGGCCCGGCCCGCCCGCUCCGGCCCCAGCUACGCGGGGGCCGCAGGGCCCGACGCCGCCGUGCGCUUCUCGCUGAGCCUGACCCCCGAGGCCGUCCUGCUCCUCCAGAGGCGCCACCUGGAGAAGCAGCUUCUGGUGCGGCCCUGCCGGCCGCCGCCCUCGCCCUCGGCCGACGCCCGGCGCCUGCUCGGGCCCUGCCCCUGCGCCCGCCGCCCGUCGCCCCCCGGCUCCCUGCAGGCCCCCGCCCCGCGCCCCGCGCUGCCGGUGUCGCUGCUCAACGAGAGGCACAAGUACGACGACGUGGAAUACGAGGAGGAGCCCCCGGUGGCGGACGAGGGCCUGGUCCGCAAGUGCACGGAGUGGCUGCGCGGCGUGGAGAAGGCGGCCGCCGCGCGCGACCACGCGGGGCCCCUGGACACUCUGCCGCACCUGAGCACGCUGUGA